AUGAAGUUUCAUAAGGAGUAUCUGGAUUUGAUUUUGGUCCCUUGUGGAUUGCUAAUCAUGUUUGCUUAUCACCUCAUUUUGCUUCACAGAUACAUCAUUCGACCUCACACCACAGCCAUGGGAUUUGAAAACAAUGACAAAAGAGCAUGGGUUGACAGAAUUAUGCAGGCUGAAAAAAGGGAUGUUAGCACAGCUUUAUCUGUUAUUCAAUCCAACACAUCAGCUGCAACAUUCUUGGCCUCUGUUUCUUUGACUCUUUCUUCUCUAAUUGGAGCUUGGAUUGCCAAUAAUUCCAAUAUUUUCUUCCAGAGUCAAUUAAUCUAUGGUGACACAAAAGCAGCCACAAUUUCCGUCAAGUACAUUUGCUUACUAACAUGCUUCCUCCUUGCUUUCUCAUGUUUUAUUCAAUCAGCAAGACACUUUGUUCAUGCAAACUAUUUGGUAAGCAUACCAGAUAGUUUUGUUCCAAUUAGUAGUGUCGAAUUAGCAGUCAUAAGAGGUGGUGAUUUUUGGUCACUCGGUCUUCGAGCUCUCUAUUUCGCACUAAACUUGCUUCUUUGGUUUUUCGGUCCAAUACCUAUGUUUAUUUGCUCAUUGGUUAUGGUUAUGGUUCUUCAUUAUCUUGACUCCAACUCAAGGCCACUGCAUCUGCAUCCUCCUAGGUCUCAGGGUGGCAAGUUUCAGACGACAAAGAGCAAUGGAAUCAACAAUGUUUGA